AUGGAAAAAAGUGAUGGAUGGAAGUGGAAUGCAUCUCCAAACGGCAUGUUCUCCAUCAAAUCGGCUUAUACUACUUUGAGUAUGACAGCAACCGCAAAUCACAGUUACAGCGAGAAACCGGAAUUCACUAUGAUCUGGAAAACACCUGCGACGCAGAAGGCAAAAACUACUGCCUGGAGAGUACUCAAAGGGAGGAUGGCAAUUUGUGAUAAUCUCCAGCGCCAACAGGUGAACAUCUCAAGCUCGGAAGCAGUUUGCGUUUUAUGUAAGACGCAUUUGGAAACCACAGAACACCUGUUCUUUACUUGCCAAAAUUCUGUUGAUAUUUGGAAUGACGUUCUCAAUUGGCUCGGUAAGAAGACGGUUCUUCACCACAAGGCUAAAGAUCAUUUUCUUGCUUUUAGAAGCAUCGGGGAUAAAGAGGAGGAAAAGUUUUACUCUGGAAUUUGGAUUUGUAUCAUUUGGUGUGUGUGGAAAGGAAGGAACGAAGGGAAGUUUAAUCAAGGAGUGUGGAACAAAGAUAGAAUUGUGACAGAGAUCAAAUCUAGACUUUGGGGAUGGAAGGAGGCUUUUAAUUUGACGAAUGCGUCCCCAGAUUUCAGAUCUUGA